AUGGGAGGCCUCGGGGCAUGGGCUCAGGAUGGCAGGAUAAAACUGUGUGGGCGCGAGUUUGUCCGCAUGGUCAUUUCAUCGUGUGGAAGCUCGCGACUAAGGCGUCACGCUCCCGAAUUUGACAAACCCUACUUGGACCUCUACAGCGACCUCCUAGACCGAUUGAGCAGUGACCAGCUCCUUACCUCUACCCACGAGGAGGUUCAGAAGCAGCAGCAGCAGCAGCAGCAGCAGGAGGGGACACCCGGGCAGACGGCUCAUGGCUCACCAGCGCGGGACCCUGGGCCUCCAGAGGGCCACAGCGCGUCCCAUCGCCUCCGUCGGGACACGGGGCCCGCAGGACUGUGCUGCCACUUAGGCUGCACCAGCACUGAGCUAGUGCAGUUCUGUUGA